AUGUAUGCGCUCGUCUUCGGACUGACCACCCUCCGCGCAGGAAUCACUCUGGCUGGCAUGAACAAUCAGCAUUUACAUCAGCCGGACCUCGAGAUCGCCCACCUUUAUAGCGAGUGCGAGGAGAAAGUGUACCUCGAUCCAUUCACCGGAGUGCAGUUCUCGGCCUGCAUGUUCUCGCGCAAACGUAAAACCAUUUACAGUGGGUACUUCAACUCUUCGAUUGUGAGACCUGCUGUUCAAGUUGUUCCACAACAAGGGCCUCAGGCCGCUUCAGGAGUGCCUCGGCCUACGGAUCUGACGCAACACUCUUGCCGGCAGUAUCGUAUCAACCAGGCAGCCUACGCAAGGACAAUGCUUCAAAGGUUCGACAUAGCAGGAAGCAAGGCUAUUGCAACUCCCGCCUCCAACGCGCAAGAGGAUGUGAAUGCUAGCAAGGCGAGCAAGUCCAAGCGGUUUAACGAUGCGGUAAUCGGAUCAUUGCUCUAUCUAGCAAUCCCGACUCAGCCUAACCUGGCUGACUAA